AUGUCGAGCGACAGUUCAUUGAAUGAGUUUAAUCUUUUGGAGACCCUGCAACAGGUGAGCGAUCCCCAGCACAUUGGAUCAAACGUUCAAAAAGCAGCGGAGCAGCAAUUGAAGGAGUGGCAGUCACAGCCUGGACUUCACUUUCUGUUGCAAUCGAUAUACUUAGAUUUGUCGAAGUCUUUGCAAAUCAGAUGGCUCUCCGUUAUUCAGUUCAAAAAUGGAAUUGAAAGGUUCUGGAGAUCUACCAGAGUCAAUGCGAUCAGUAAGGAUGAGAAGAGGUCGAUCCGUGGUCGACUUUUUGAUCUGAUCGAGGAGCAAAACAACCAACUUUGCAUUCAGAACGCUCAAGCGGCUGCUAAAAUUGCACGUUUGGACUUCCCUGUCGAUUGGCCUACUCUUUUCGAAGAACUAGAACGACUGCUGUCCAAUGAACACAUAAUCCGUGAUACCGUGAGAGUUUACAAUAUACUGAUGCAUGUGAACCAAAUUAUCAAGACUCUUGGCUCCGCUAGGAUCGGAAGAUGCAGACCAGCCAUGCAAAGCAAGGUUCCGUUGAUCUUUCCUCUGGUGGUUCGGAUCUACUUGGACUCUUUCGAGAAUUGGUCGACGUCGUCGGCUCUCACUGAAGAUAAACUGACUAGGUUGCAGAUUUCAUACCUGGCACUUAAAGUACUGAGGCGAAUAAUCACAGAUGGAUAUGAACGUCCACAUAAAGAUGAAUCAGUCUGCGAAUUCAUGAAGGUAACCGUUUCACAUUUUGAUUUGCUCCUUGCACAUCAACAGCACUUUUCAAAGUUCGAUAUAUAUGAGAAAUUCAUAAAGUGUUACGGGAAAUUGCACUACACGUUAAUUACCAACUCGCCGGCUAGUUUCAUCCUAUUACCGUGUUCCACGCAAAUCUUAGUCUCAUAUACCCGUUUGCUAUUCGAGCAGGCCUCAACUGUUUACAACGAGAAGUCCGACGAAAAUGGUGAUUUCUGGGAGCAGACUGCUAUUAGAAGCCUAUUGAUUUUAAAGAGAGUCUUUAACUUCAUAAACAAAAAAGGCGCUGUCAUCUUAAAGGCUAGAAGCGAUAAAAUUAGCAUUGAUGAGUCCAUCAAGAGGAUUUCCGCUGAAUUUUUGAAUGAACAACUUGUGACUAAUCUUGUCGAUACGUUGAUGAGAUGGUAUUUGAAACUACGUCCAUGCGACCUAGAGACGUGGUUUCUCGAUCCUGAGGAAUGGAUUAACGAGCAGAUUACGACAAGCUAUGAAUACCAGAUCAGACCAUGCGCGGAGAAUUUCUUCCAAGAUCUCAUCAACACCUUCCCUGAGUUACUCGUGCCUUAUCUUCUAAACAAAAUUGAAAACGAGGCAGUAGCGCUAUCCGAUUCUCUUGAAGAUCUCAUAACCAAGGAUGCAAUUUAUGCCAGCUUCCAAUUAAGCGCUCCUGCAGUCAGUGAACUAGUUGAUUUUGAUAGAUUACUAGUCCAAGUGUUUUUGCCCGAGGCCACAUCCAUGACUGCUUCGCAGGAUCAACUAAAGAUCAUUAAGAGACGUGUUUGCUUAAUAAUCAAUGAGUGGUGCACCAUAAAAUGUUCAGAGGAAAGCAAAAAACUUUGCUAUGGGUUUUUUUCCAACCUUUUGAUGAACGAAAAUGACAAGGUUGUCUUGUUGACUUGUGUGAAGUCCUUGAGGACUAUGAUUGAUGACUGGAAUUUUAACAAAGACACUUUCCAACCUUUUUUGGUCGACACAGUUACCAUUUUGCUGCGAAAACUAUUACCGUCUAUGUCCCUCACUGAAACCCGACUUUACAUUCUACAUACAUUAAGCGACAUCAUUAUUCAAACCAAACCGUUGCUAAGCAAUGAUCUACUGAUUGAAAUUUUACAGAUGGUUCCAAAAUUAUGGGAAAUUUCAACGACGAACUCAUCGGAGGCAAUUUUAUCGAAUGCAUUGAUUAGAUUGUUGAGACACCUUGUUGCAUCUUUAGGCCCUCAAUCUCAUCUGACAUGGUCUAUCGCUUUACCGGUGGUAGCCGAAUCUUGUAAGCCCUCUUCCGAACAUUACCAUUUAUUGAACGAGGACGGUUACGAGCUUUGGGGUGCUCUGCUACAAAAUUUUUCCAAUCAAGACAAAAAGCUGGACCCAGAAUUUUAUCAACUGCUACCAUUUCUGGAGUAUGGAGUCGAAGCACAUACAGAGAUUUUGCCCACUUUACUUGAGAUAGUCAAGAGCUAUGCGCUGCUACUCAGCACCGAAGAGUUUUUUUCCUGUCCCACCUUUUCUCAGAUUUUCGCCAAUGUAUCCACUUAUCUCCUUAAAUUGAGAGACGACUCGUUCCAUUUAUGUCUAGAAAUUUGGGAGAUCCUGGUACUUGCAGAUGAAGCCGAUAACGAAGAGUUACUUUUGAACAAUUUUUCUUCUACCAACGUUAUGAAGUCAAUAUUUGACAGCAUUUUCAAGGAGAAUGCCUUAUCUGGGUAUCAACGAGUUCAAGUGAUUCAAAUUGUUGCCAGAAUUGCUUAUGUCCGUCCGGAAGCUUUAAUGAGUGUAUUAUCAUCGUAUCAUCAAGCACUACCAACUCUAAAAGAAGUCCAAGAGUUCCCAGCUAAUGAUAGGCUUUCGAUAUAUCGCGAAAUGUCAUUUGAGCAAACCGUGAGCAAAUUGUUGUCAAUCUGGAUUUCUGACUUUAAGGAUCUCUACGAUCCCAAGAAUAAGAAAGUGCAUAUUUUGGGAAUAUCCAGCCUAUUAAGGACGGGUCUGAUAUCAGUUUUAUCAGACUUUCAAAUGAUUGCUUCAAUCUGGGUCGAAAUGCUAGAAGAAAUUAAUGAAUCUAGUGGCGGCGAUUGUGAGAAAUAUCAUAUAAACGAUCUAGUAACGCCACAAUCUAUUGACUUCCAUCCUUUGACAGCAGAACAAUUGAGAUAUCAUAACCUCGGCAAGAAUAAUGACCCUGCUCAUAAUAUUAGCUUAAAGGAGUUCAUCAACCGCACUUUGCAAUUCCUGAAGCAGAAUCUUGGCUCUCAAUAUGAAGAUCUUAUGAGCAAUGUGGAUCCCAAGCUUCUCGAAAAUCUAGGUCUAUUCCUCACCAUAAAUUCAAGUGGUGAUUGA